CGGAACGAUAGGAGCGAAGAUUUGGAUUUCCUUACUAUUGAUAUUUUCUAGGAUUUAUUAUGAAAAGAAGAUAUCAUUCAGGAGCUCUUGUCAACAAUGAACUUCAACCAAGCCGAUGCGAACUUACUGAACCUCUGGCAAACAUUUCAGUUCAAAUUCGACGACACUGAAAAGUCGUCCUCCGAAAGAGCUGAUGCCGCUCGAAGUUUGAAGUUCCAAGUCGAGAAACUCUUUGAAAGUGGUAAAUUAAGCGAGCGACAGUACAUUGGAUUGGUGAAUUACUACGAAAAUUUGUACUCGGACAUUGUUGAUGAGCAGGAUGAAUCAAAAGGUCUUAAUAACUUUGCUGAACAAUCGAUUGCUUUGACAACUGGGUUUAAAAAUGACAGCCAAAAUUGGAAAUCUGGUCUCACGUUUGAAUCGCUGGAUGAUUUUAAUAUCUCAAAAAUACCUGCAAAGGAUUACAAACUCCCGGCAGCGAAUACGUCGCAAGAUGCAGCAAAGCAAGCCAAUCCCAGGCCGACUUCGUUGCCAAGCAUGGCGCCAAAUACGAAUGAUAUGAGACCAGUAAAAACAAGAGAAAACCAUUCAAACGUCCAACCAUUGUUUGCUUCCUCCACCAAAACACCCCAACUUGGAAUCAGACCAUUAUUUUCCAACCCAAGUAAAACAAACGAUAUCCCACCUCACCAAUCUGGGAGAAGUGAUAGUUCCAAAACCACAGAUCCUAUUGAUCCAUAUAUGAACUAUAAACAACAGCCACAGAUGAACAGAUCAAGGAAUAAAGCGCCAGUUAAUCAGGUUGAAAACGAAGACGAGAAUUAUGACUCUGAGUUUGUAACCGCGAAGCAACAGUUUAUUAUGAAUGAACGAAAAAAGAAGAACCGAAAUCCAGGCAGCGGUCCAGGCAUGGGAAAUUAUGGCGCGGUUAAGAAAUCCCUGGGAUACAGGAGAGGACCAUCCAGCAAGUUUAUUCCGCCCAUAAGGAAUUACAAUGAUGAUAGCGACGAUAGUGGGGAGAGUUGUCAGUCAAGAAGGAACAGCAACAAAUCGGGAAGGACGAGACCCAAAGAAAAUCCAUCGACUGGCGAAGACGAUGACAUUACUGACGAACGAUUGAAAGGAAUCGACCCUAAGAUGGUCGAACUGAUAAACAAUGAGAUAAUGGAUCACGGACCGCCUGUACACUGGGACGAUAUUGCCGGCUUGGAGUUUGCUAAAACUGUCAUAAAAGAAAUUGUCGUUUGGCCCAUGUUACGACCAGAUAUAUUUAAAGGACUGCGUGGUCCCCCCAAGGGAUUGCUGUUGUUUGGUCCCCCCGGUACUGGGAAAACUCUCAUAGGUAAAUGCAUAGCUUGCCAGUCAAAGGCGACAUUCUUCAGCAUCAGCGCUUCAUCCUUGACUUCGAAAUGGGUGGGUGAAGGAGAGAAGAUGGUACGAGCACUCUUUGCUGUCGCCAGAUGCCAUCAACCGGCCGUUAUAUUUAUCGAUGAAAUUGAUUCGCUGUUGUCCCAGAGAUCAGACGGCGAGCACGAGUCAUCUCGGAGGAUUAAAACCGAAUUUCUCAUACAACUGGACGGGGCCACAUCGGGAUCCGAAGAUCGAUUGCUGGUUGUCGGAGCAACAAACAGACCCCAGGAAAUCGACGAAGCAGCACGACGUCGUAUGGUUAAACGACUGUACAUUCCUUUACCAGAAGGAGAGGCUCGUAAACAGAUCAUUCGCAAUUUACUUAAAGACCAACAUUACUCCUUAACUGAAGAAGACUUUGAAGAAAUGAUGCGAAGGUCUGAAGGUUAUUCUGGCUCGGACAUGAGUAAUCUCUGUCGCGAGGCCGCCUUAGGGCCAAUCAGAUCAAUUUCUGGUAAUAUUCAAGCAAUCACCUGUGACCAGGUCAGACCAAUCGUAUUCACAGAUUUCGAAAAAGCGUUUCGACAAGUCCGUGCAAGCGUUUCCAACCAAGAUCUGGAUCUUUAUGUCUCGUGGAACAAGCAGUUUGGAAGCGGACAUUAAGAUACAAGACAAUAGUCAACUGUUUAAUUGAGAUUUUAUACAUUUUUUCAUUUAAGCAUUCAACAAGUUCUUUUCAUAAUUUCGCGUACGAGAAUGUUUUCACCACAAGAAAAUAAUGUAAAUAAACUACUUUGCGUUUUUUUGUUGGUUUUACUUUUUUCUUUAAUCUAUUAGUUUUAGAGACCUUCUCAGAUUUUAUGGUUUUCUAAAAAUAUGGAAGCAUUCCACAUGUAGUAAAUCAACUUGGCUACAAUGGUAACCUGGCCAUGCAAAUGAACAAUAUUUAAAGAAACCACUGAAAAGUUGUCCAAAAAAAUGUUUGCUGAACAGCAAGGAUGGGAUCAGACAUAUUUA